AUGGGUAUUUGUAAAUGUAAAAAGAGAUCAGAUGAAUUCUGUUAUUUACACAAAAAGUUUAUAUGUGAUGGUUGUGUAGUCACUGAUCAUCCAACUUGUCAUAUAGGAUCAUAUGUAGAUUGGUUAACAGAUAGUGAGUUUGAAGAGUCGGUAUGUGGAGUAUGCAAAGGUGAACUAUCUAAAGAGAAUUCUGUUCGUUUGCUAUGCUAUGAUCUAUUUCAUCCAGAAUGUAUUGAUGUAUAUGCAUGUUCAUUACCUGCAACAACUGCACAAGCUGGAUAUGCUUGUCCGACAUGUAUGAAACCAAUAUUACCACCAAAUGAUAAAGUAGAUGGAUUGUCUAGAAGUAUUAGAAAGACGUUUGGAGUCUCUUCAUGGGCGGAACCAUUCCUUGGAUCUGCACACAAGUUGCAGGUAAGUCAUCCAGGUUCGGCGAUGGGUGGCAAUAGUACUGGUGCGACGACUACAGGUAGCAACGGCGGUACUAAUAUUGGUAGCAAUGGAAGUAAUAGUAAUCAUUUAACAUCACCCAGUUCCAAUCCGACAUCACCAACCACUUCACAUGUCGAUUUGACCUCGCUGACGGGUCAGAUCAAUCAAUCGCUACUCGAAGAGACACCGCCACUCGCACAUCUAAAUAACAAUCCGUACGGACUUGCUAUCAGAAAGCCACAACAACCAUCAUCAAAGAAUGAUACUGUCAUUCAAUUUCAAAACAACCAGAUCGACGAUGAAGAAGAUAAAUAUAACAAGAAGAGUUUGAUUUCACUAAACAGUAUUUCAAGGUUUAAAGAUGAGAACAAGAUUAGAUUUUAUUUGAUAGUUAUAUUUAUGAUUGCUGGAUUUUUAUAUUUAGUCGUUAGAAUGCGGACUCCCACAGAAGAAGGUUUGAUUGAAGAAUAA